AUGGAAGGUGUGGUUAUGUCAGAACUGACUAUUGAAGGUGUGGUUAUGUCAGAACUGACUAUUGAAGGUGUGGUUAUGUCAGAACUGACUAUUGAAGGUGUAGUUAUGACACGACUGACUAUGGAAGGUGUGGUUAUGUCAGAACUGACUAUUGAAGGUGUAGUUAUCACACGACUGACUAUGGAAGGUGUGGUUAUGUCAGAACUGACUAUUGAAGGUGUGGUUAUGACACGACUGACCAUAGAAGGUGUGGUUAUGUCAGAACUGACUAUUGAAGGUGUGGUUAUGACACGACUGACUAUGGAAGGUGUGGUUAUGUCACGGCUGACUAUCCAAGGUGUGGUUAUGACACGACUGACUAUCGAAGGUGUGGUUAUGUCAGAACUGACUAUUGAAGGUGUGGUUAUGACACGACUGACUAUGGAAGGUGUGGUUAUGUCACGACUGACUAUCGAAGGUGUGGUUAUGACACGGCUGACUAUGCAAGGUGUGGUUAUGACACAGCUGACUAUGCAAAGUGUGGUUAUGACACGACUGACUAUGGAAGGUGUGGUUAUGUCAGGAUUGACUAUGGAAGGUGAGGUUACAUGA